CCACCACCCUCUUUGUUGUCGUCCUCCUUAGGUCUUCGUAGAUUCCCACAACUGUGGCCUGUCUUGCCUGAAAUUGCCAUUGAAGCACUGCCGUGAUAGCAUGCUUCAAUGAGCUCGAGAAAUGUCUACAACAGCCAUCCAACGCCGGAAAUUGUCCUGGGUUGAUCCCUCAAACCUCUAACCCCCACCUGAGCCUUAGGACUCCCACUUGCACUUUGUCCGCGUCAGCAAUACCAAAUUGCCCUCCUGAAGCAAUAUAUCUCCAUCUCUCCGGGUACUCGGAUACAGAAAGGGAAGCUGAGCGGUCCUGCUGUCACCGAUCGCUUGAUCUUCUCUAACCGAAGGACGAUCAGAGCUUCUAAGCUGUACUAUCCCUAGACCAAGGUCUCAUCGUCGUUUGGUCGCCGCCAUGAGUUACAACACAGGAGCAACCUUCGUUCCUGGAGGAGAGGACUCCUAUUACAUGCCAGAGUUGAUCCAACCUACCCCGAACAGGGUACACGAACUACCGACAAACAUGCGACAAAACGUUGCUCAAAUGGAACAGGCUGCAUCAAGUCCUAACUCCUCAGCAUAUUCCGGUUCAGUUUAUUCACCUCAGUCGGCAGAGUAUAUGCCCUCAAACAUGAAUCCUUGGCCGGCUGCGCAACCCCCUAGCCAACAUCAGCAGGGAUACGAACAGAAGCUGCCGACGAACAAUACUCCUCUAUUGAACCAACAGAACAACCACCCUCCGAGGUCGACGUCCAUACAACAAACAGAACAACCGAACUUCUCCCCCUUCCCCAUCCUUCGCAAUCCGCCUCCUAACGUCCCUCCAACCGACGAACAGAAAGAGGCAACACUAGAAGCUGCAAGGGCUGCUGUAUUGAGUUGCAACGAUCCAGAGACACAAUUGACAUGGGCACAAGAUGUGUUGGCAUAUGUGGAGGUCUGUCAACAAAACGAGGAAAGAGUGGCUCUGGCCCAGACACCCAGGUCGAGGACACCGCGACUUGAACAUGUGUUAAGAGAAGAUGCUCUCAAGAUCACAACUUUCUUAGCGGACCAGCAUCAUCCCAGGGCCGAUUUCAUGAGAGGCAUGUGGUUGGAAUUUGGAAAGUUCGGUCACAGAAUCGACAAGAAAGAGGCAUUUCUCUGCUAUACCCGGGCAUCUGAGAGGGGAUACGUUCGGGCUGAUUACCGCAUCGGCAUGCAAUUCGAGUCGUCGAAUGAUGCUCUGAAGGCUAUCAAGUACUACCAGAAGGGUGCUGAUGCGGGAGAUUCCGCCUCGUGCUACAGAUUGGGCAUGAUGACUCUGCUCGGCCAACACGGACAAGCACAAGAUUACCAACGUGGUCUCAACCUCAUCUAUGCGUCGGCUCAGACAGCCGACGAGAAUGCGCCGCAGGGAGCAUUUGUUUUCGGAAUGCUUCAAGCCCACCAAAUGACCCAGGUCCAAGUUCCUGAACAUUACCUGCCGAAAGAUAUUCCUGCAGCAAAGAUCAACAUUGAGAAAGCUGCGUAUUUAGGAUUCGCGAAAGCGCAGGUCAAAAUGGGACAAGCUUACGAACUGUGCGAGCUAGGAUGUCCAUUUGACCCUGCUUUGUCUCUUCACUACAAUGCUCUUGCUGCCAGGCAGGGAGAACCUGAAGCAGAGCUCGCCAUCAGCAAGUGGUUCCUCUGUGGUCACGAGGGGCUGUUCGACAAGAAUGAAGAAAUGGCCUUUACCUACGCUCAGCGAGCGGCAUUAUCUGGGUUCCCUACUGCACAAUUUGCUUUGGGAUAUUAUUAUGAGGUUGGAAUUUAUGUGCCUGUCAACUUUGAACAGGCCAAGGAGUGGUAUCGCAAAGCAUCACAGAGUGGCAAUCAGGAUGCCACUGGUAGGAUCGACGCCAUAUCCAGGUCGAAGACGCUUUCGCGGAAGGAUCACGAAAGCAUAGCCCUGUCGAAAAUCCGAAAGCAACGCGGUUCCAUGAUAGGGCCACCGCAAGCUCCUUCCGUGCCAACGAUGCCAAGUCUCGCAGAGGAAAGAGAGCCUCAAGUGCUGGACAUGCCGGAUCCGUCUCGACUGUCUCUUGACAACCGAAAGCCUCCCUCAGCCAGACCAGGAAACACUGCCCCAUAUCCUAUUGGGCCACCGAAUCUGCCGCAAGGUCCAGAACUCCCACCAACAUCAGCAUUUGGCAUCAAUCCCAACCUCCGCCCAACUUCGGCCGCCACUGUAGGCGGACCGAGACCUGAUCAGUACGGCCAGCCUCAUGUGUCUCCGCAGAUGCGUCCCUACUCUAGCAAUGAUGCUCGAAUGCCGGGUCCCGGAUAUGGUCGUGGUGAUCGCGUACCUUCUGGUCCCAAUCCACCACGACCAGGACCCCCGCAACGACCAGGGACCGGGUCGCCUCAUAUGCGACCGCAAGGUUCGCCGAAGCUUGACAUCGGAUAUUCUGCCCCGCUCGAACCAAGGCGGCCCCAGCAGCCUCCUCAGCCGAAUGGCUACGGCAACCCUAGUCCUAAUGGCCCUCCUCGCAACUCGCCACGACCAACCCAGCCUCCAUCACAGUCGCAAGGCCCUCCGCCAAAUCGUCCUCCACCCUCGAAUACGCGCCCCAGAUAUGGAAAUCCGCCACCAAACGUGAAACCAGCAAACAUGGCACCUUCGAAACCUGCAAGCAACGCGCCAACUGGGAACGCUCCGCCAUCCAAGCCGAACCAAAUGCCGGCGAACGCUGCUCGACUACCCGGGAAGGGCCCGAAGACUUUUGAUGAGAUGGGCGUCCCUGCCGGCAAAGAUAAGGGCGAAUGUAUUGUUAUGUAAUGUGUUCUUGGAACUUGUGCUUCAUUGUAUAUGAUACCCCCUCGCAUCAGCAAUUGUGUUUUUCGGUUCCAGUGCGCAUUGAGACGAAAAUGGAGCGUCACAGGCAUCGGGCUUGUGUCGGCGUGUCACAAAAUCGGUGGAAUGUGCUACGAGCAUUUUGAAUGGAAUAUGUUAAGCGCAUCUUCAGUCUAUGAUUGCCCUGCGUCGAUAUAGCCAGUCUUGUCAGCAUGGCGUUCUACGGACCCAGCCUCCAGACUUAGGAGGAUUCUUGGAUACAAGUAGCUUGCAUUAUGGCGCCGUAUUGGCGACCUGCAAGGCCAUUGCUAUAAUCUACGGAGUCUGCCUUUUUG